AUGUGGCAGGACCCUCCAUCCCUGGAUACAGCCAUCCAGCACGCCCUGGCAGGCCUCUAUCCCCCAUUUGAGGCCACAGCGCCUACCAUCCUGGGUCAGGUAUUCCGUCUCCUGGAGUCCAAUUUCCAGGGGGAUGGACUGAACUUCCUCCUGGAUUUCUUGAUCCCUGCCAAGCGCCUGUGCGAGCAAGUGCGAGAAGCAGCCUGUGCCCCCUACUCACACUGCCUCUUCCUACAUGAGGGCUGGCCGCUCUGUCUGCGGAAUGAGGUUGUGGUCCACCUGGCACCUCUCAAUCCCCUCUUAUUACGUCAGGGUGACUUCUACCUCCAAGUUGAGCCCCAGGAGGAGCAGUCUGUCUGCAUCAUGAUCAAGUGCCUCUCUUUAGACCUUCGCACAGUGGACAAGAAGCCUAUUCCUGAGUCCUCCUACCCUAUACUUUUCACCCAAGAGUGGCUGGAGGCCGUCAAUAGUGACUUUGAGGGAAGUCCCCUACACAGCUGCAUGGUAGCCUCAGAAAAUGGGAUUUCCCUGCUGCCUUGGACCAAGAUAACCAGCCCAGAGUUUGUGGAUGACAGAUUCCAAGCAGUGAAGGUCCUUUCCCCAGUCUUCAAGUCCCUUCAAUUAGAAAAACUUGAUUUGAACAACCCCCAAGAGCCGCACCAGGCCAGGGCCCUAGGCAGCCAGGAAUUUCCUGCCCGGAGUUUGGUCAAGGGUAUGAGCAAAACAAAUGGAAACAAGUAUCCAGGACUCAUCAAAGUGGAGCAAGCCAGGCCUGGGGCACACAACAUGGUCAGCAAGGACUUGGAGAGAGAUUAUGUGGCUCUUCUAGACUUUUCCCAAGAGAAUAGUGGAACGUCUCUCAGUAAAGAAGCAGAGACAUCCAAUGGAUGUUCUUGUGGGGAACUGGAGGAACUAUCCCAAAUUAAAGAAACCCACCUCUCCCAAAGGAUGCUGCCUCCCUCAGGGGCCAAUGGAGAAUCUUCCUUAGAAAAAUGGACUUAUGCAAGGUCAGCAAGGUCGGAAGAGGAACUCUGUCUUUUGGGCUUGAGGAAAAAGGUCAGUCAUGAAGCCCCCAUCCACAACUCAAAAUGCUCACCCCAAGAACCCUACUUCAGUGUCCUAGAGAACCCCCCAGACCAUGCCUCUAGCCUCAAGGCAGGUAUUUCUGAAGAGCCAGCUGCCUCCAAGAGCCAGGGAUCUCUGAGAAACCCAGAGAAUUUGUCCCAACUCAGGCCAGAACCAAGACAAGCUUCCUCUCCCCGCCUUUCCCCAGAGUCUGCUCCAGUCCCUGAAGCAAAGAUGGGAAACAGAAGAUUGCUCAUGCCUAUGACCAACCCUAUCCAGAGCACCUCCUCUUCUGGGUCCCCUACUCCCAGACUCAAGUCUUCAUUCUCAGCAGGGCAAAGGUUACCUACAGCAUCCUCUGAGAAAGCUUUGGUACAGCAUGACAAGCCCUGGAAAGUCCUGUGCUCUUGGUACUCUCCCGGAUCCAACGGAGUCCAGUCCACGGCAAAAGCUGGAACAACUCACACCAAAACAUCUGGCCUGGUCGCUGACUCAGGCCCAUUGACUGGCGUAAAUGCUGCAUUCCCAGAAGCUUCUUCGGGCCCUUCAGAAAGAGGCCCCACCCUGGACGAGGCUCCCUCAGGGCCUGAGCCCAGGAUUGGAGCUCUGAGUGUUGAGAUCUGCCACUCUGGGAUAGCCUGCCUGCCAGGUGGUCGGGACAGGGCAGGACGACCCCUGCUUCUGGUGUCAACCAGCGAGGAGCUCUGGGAGACGCCAUGGUGUUCAGUCUCAGAGGUCACCAAGUUACUCUCCUACCUGUGUGCCAUCCCCAGGUCUGAAGCUAAAACCAAGGGGCUGACAGUUGUGAUUGAUGCCAGGAAACAGCCCCCACACCCAAGUCUGGUCAGUGCCCUGCAGGCCACCCAGGGUUUGGUCCCAGCCUCCAUCCAGGCUCUGCUGUUCCUGGGGGAGAAGGCAGCUGCUCUCAAGCUGGCGACAUUACCUGAUGUCCAGGUGGAGGUGCUGACCUCAUUGAAGACCCUCAGCUACCACGUGGACCCCAGCCAGCUGCCUAGAGCCCUGGAGGGUCCCUUCCCCUACUGCCACAGCGAGUGGGUGCGAUUUUUCCAGAAAUUGGACCCUUUCCUUGCUGACCUCCGCCAGGCCUCCUCCCUGCUUCAAGCUUCCAUAGAGGAGUUUGAGAAGGAGGACCCUCCCGGGGGAGUGCAGGAGGCUGCCAGGUGUCUGAGAAAGUCCAAGGAGCUGAUGGAGGCUGUGCUGAAGGACCCAUGCCUACUGGGCCUCCAGCAGGAAGGUGGAGCCACACUAGCCAGGCUGCAGUGGGAGGCCAGCAGGCUAGACUUCAACCCCGAUGUCAGGAGCCACUUGGCUGAGGCUGCCACCCUGUACGGCCUUGUGGAUGAGCAACUACAUAUCCUGGUCACUGCAUCCAACCACCUCUUGGGGAAGCUGGAGCUCCGAAUCCGCCUUGGUCACCUGGAGGCUUCCAUCCACCAGGUCAGCGACUGGAUGGAGCAGGCAGGAAGCCGGUGCCUACAAGCACUGACCCCCAAGGAUGGAAGCCUGGAGACAGUGGAGAAAGCCCACACCGAGUUCCAGGCGUUCUUCCUUCAAGCUGCAGCGCAGUACCGCCGUGGCCUCGCACUGUCCAAGCAGGCGGCGCGGCUGGGAGCGGUGGCUGGAGGGGUCAGCGAGGCAGACAAAGCAGGGUUCCCAGAGAUGGCGGCCUUUGCCACCACCUUGCGGGCCUUCCAAGCUAAGCUGACCCACUUCUACAUGGCGGCGGAGCGGCAGCGCACAGACCUGGAGACGCUACUGCACCUCCACCGCUUCUGCAAGAAGAUGUCCUGGUUCCACAUGGACUGUCAGGAUUUGAUGACCCAGCUCAGGCUGGGCAAGGCCCAAGGGGCCAGUCCUGGGGACCAAUGCCGCCUCCACCGCUACCUGCAGCGGCUGGCCUCCGAGUUCCCUGCUGAGAAGCUCACAGCCAUGAGUCUGCAAGUGACCUCUCUGAGCUGGGCAGGCCUGGGCCGGGAUCUGUGGGAAGAGGCCCAGAGCCAACAUGAGGAGAUCCGAACUCUCCUGAAGAAGGCGUUGGCCCACUGUCCCUGCCCAACAACUUCUGCCACCCACUCAGCACACGCAGAACUGAAAGGGGCAUUUGCCAAGGUUCUGGGUCUGAAUAGAGAUGUCUUUUCAAGGGCAAGGCGGGACCCACUCCUGCAGGACUCACUGGGUGUGGAGCAUCUGCCAAAAUCCUCUUGGCUCUCUCAGGCCACCAGAAAUGGGCAGAACAGAAAUUUCCAGCCAUGUCCUCCACCCAAAGAAGCGGGCCAGGCUGCAGAGGCUGAUGAAGGCAACGGCCCCCAUGAGCCCCUGGAUGCUGCCCCUGAGUGUUCUCCUCCUAUCUCCUCCUGCCAGCAGCCUCCCAGACAGCUGGACCUGAGCUCUCCCAGCCAGGUCCCUUGCCUGACUGGGGGCAGCUUCUCCUCAGAAGGAACAGACUCACAUACAUCUCUGGAGGACUCCCUCGAGACAAGUCCCGCUGCAUCCCUCAAGCUGGCAGCCCUGUGA